AUGAGGAAAAGGACCCGUCUUGCAGCUCCCGAGGAAGUUUUUGGUCCCGAGGAUUAUAUAAGCUCGUUAACCGAUGACAUUCUAGUUUCGAUUUUGUCUCGUGUGAAACUAAAAGAAGCUGCAGUCACUAGCAUUUUAUCUAGAAGAUGGCGGUAUGUGUGGACCCACUUGGCCCGGUUCAAUUUCAACGGUAACAAAAUGCUGGAUAAAACUGCAGCUAAUCGGAAACUAAAAUCAUCCGAGAGGCCUAAAUACAUCAACUGGGUCAACCGGGUCGUGAGGCAGCAUAAAGGGGAGAUUGUUGAUUCUGUUCGUAUAUGUUUCGAUUUGGACAAGAGUUCGAAAUGUGCUCUGGACAAUUGGGUUAAAUUCGCAAUCUCGAAAGGUGUCCAAAGGCUCGAGCUUGACUUGUUAGAAAAUAGUGAGACGCUUAGGCAGCCCAUGCGUAAUUACACUUUCCCAUAUAAGCAAUUGUGUAAAAAGAUGUCAAUGAAAAAUGUCAUGCGCCCGAAUUUCGGGCAGAUGAAGUGUUGUCUGAAAGCUCUCUCCUUGAAAUGUGUGACUGUGAGUGAGGAGGCUUUCGACUGUAUUCUAUCCGAAUGCCCACUUUUGAAAUAUUUGUCCAUACACGGCUCGGGGGACUUGGUGAACGUGAAAGUAUGCAGACCCUCUCUUAUGUUGAAGCACUUGGAGAUAGUGUUCUGUUUGGGGAUAGAGACGAUCGAAAUCUCGAACGUGAACCUCGUGUCGUUUAGUUAUUUGGGUCCUGGGAUUGAUUUAGUCAUUAACAAUGUGCCGAUGCUCGACGAGAUCUCCAUAGGGGAAGGCUACUCGGGAUUGGAGAACAACGUUUUUGGACAGCUCUCGUGUUGUCUUUACCAAUUGGAGGUUCUUACGUUAGAGAUAUACCGUCCUGAGGAGAAUAUAAAGAUUUCAGCAUUUCCUGAGCUGCCGAAACUGAAGAAGCUGAUUCUUAAAGUCGGGGCAUGGAAUGAUGACAGUCUCCUCGAGUUCACUUCUCUAGUUAAGGCGUGUCCUAAUUUGAACAGAUUCGUAUUGCAGCUAAUAUGGAUGGCGCCAGCUAAGAGGAGACGAAGAAUACGAAAGGCUGCAAAAUGUGCCCAUAAGUUCUUGAAACUGGUCGAGAUUGUCGGGUAUUACGGGCGAACAAGUGAAGCCGAGCUCGUAUUCUACUUUAUCGAGAAUGCACUUUCUCUCCAGAAAAUCACGAUCGACCCUCGCAACCAGAUUCUCGGGAGAUUCCCUGGUGGGCCCGACCAAAUCAAGAAAGAGGAAUCAGCUCGAAAACGGGCCCGGAAGCAGAUCGAACCCAAGAAACCUCCCGGUGUCCAGUUGAUAAUUCUUUAA